GUGUAUUUGCUUUUGCAGUAUGGAUUUAUAAAUACGUGCCUGAAGUCUCUGGUGGUUGAGAAGUACGGCGAAGAAACAUGGGAAAAAUUAAGGCUGCAGGCCGGCGUCCAGGAUUCUUUCUUGACUUUUGAGGUUUACAAAGAUGAGAUCACGAUGCAGCUCGUCGACAAAGCCUGCAAAAUACUGGGUGUUCCCGCUGACACAGUUCUGAGAGAGUUCGGAGAGUAUUUCUUUGAAUUCUGCAAACGCUCGGGCUACGACCACAUGCUGAGGACACUGGGUGGAAACCUCUACGAGUUCAUAGAGAACCUGGAUGCGUUGCACAGUUACCUGUCCCUUUCUUACCAGGAGAUGAAUGCACCGUCUUUUAGAGUAGAAAAGAACGAAGACGGGUCAAUGCAUUUACAUUACUAUUCAGACAGAAGAGGUCUGUGCCACAUUGUGCCAGGAAUCAUUGGUGCGGCAGCCCUGGAUUUUUUUAACAUCGAGAUUUCAAUGGAAAUAGUCAAUCAAACCGAAGAAGAAGAAAGAACUGGGAAAAAAGAGCAUAUUGUCUUCCUUGUCACUCAAAACCCUGUGUUUUCAUACAAGGAAAGAAAUGAAUUUUCUCCCUCACCUCGGUACCUCGCUGACUGUGAAAAACAAAUUGAGAGCCAACUCCAUAAGGAGGACCCUGGUAAAGCCAAGAACACAAGUGGAGACAGAGGAAGCUCUGUUUGUCCCGCCAAGAAAAGUCACUGGAAAACAGUCAGAGGAUUAAUCACUUUAGGAAAAGGCAAGCUCCUGAGAGGAUUCGAUCCCGUUUAUCCCAAGAGCCUCUGGGUCGACACGAGGACGUUUUGCAAUGGCCUUCCUUUCCACAUGGUUUUUGACAAAGAGCUCAGAGUGAAGCAAGCUGGGGUGAGCAUUCAGAAGAUUGUACCUGGCCUUCAGACCAUGGGCAUCUGCGUGGAUCACUAUUUCCGUAUCGUUCACCCAGAAGUGCCCUUCACCAUUGCCAGCAUCCAGAAAUUCAUCAACAGCCAGUUUGUGUUCCAGACCAGAAGAGAAAUGAUGCCAGAGUCGUGGAAACAGCGGCCAAUGCUAGAGCUGAGAG